AUGGCAAAGGACGAGCCUAGAACCCGGUCCUGGGGCAUCUGUUGGGCUUAUUUGGUAGACUCCGGCUUUAUCAGAGAACCGAACAGCGAAUCUACAGAGUCCGUCAUGGCGGGAGCCUCUAAAGAAUAUAAUCCGUUAAAAGUUUGGUGGCGCCAGUACCUUAUGGAUCGGCGAGGAGAAAAAGUCCCGCUUUGGGAAUUAUAUGCCUUCGCAGGAGACGAAACGAGAACAACAUGGUUCUGCUCUGCCAGUGCUGCACAACACAUCCCCGCAGAAUUGCGCGAUCUCACGGUCGCAAAGAACUGGGUCUCCGAAUGCGAGCGACUACAUCAAAGUUCAUGUGGUUACAAUGGAUCCUCUACGACUUCGUUGAAAGUGAUCGACUGUGCUUCAAGGAACCUGUGUAAGAUCAUGCCGGGAACACCAUAUGUUUGCCUCAGUUACGUCUGGGGCAACUCAUGUGUCGCCGAGCAUCACUCAAAGAAAGUUCCAGCGGUUUUGCCGAAGACGAUAGAGGAUGCAAUGUAUGUUACAUUACAACUUGGAAUCUCCUACCUGUGGGUCGAUCGAUACUGCAUCAAUCAAAAAAAUGCUGGGGAGAAGCAUCGCCUCAUCACAAACAUGGACGCUGUCUAUCGUGGAGCAACCCUCACAAUCAUCGCCGCCGCAGGGGACGGUCCAGAUCACGGUCUUCCCGGUAUCAAUGUAAAAUCAAUCGGUCAGGAAAUCGUAAGUAUCGACGUUUCUCGCGAAAUCCAGACUUCAACAUGGAAUACUCGUGGAUGGACAUAUCAAGAGAUGGUACUUUCAAGACGUCUAUUGGUCUUCACUGCAACACAGAUGUACUUUCAAUGCAACGCUAUGUCGCACAUGGAGAUGUUCUCAUCGAAUGAUCCGGCGUCCCCUGACCGGAUUUCCAGCACAGUACCUCUACAUCCACGUCUUACGGUAUUCUACAACUUGGGGGCUGCGCCUACAAUAAGUGUUCUGUAUGAGCAGCUCAUGGAGUAUUACGAUAGGUGGCUAUCAUUUGACGAAGACAUCAUCAAAGCGUUUCUUGGCAUCAUCAAUGUCUUUGAGAUGAAACACGGUAGCGACCACAUUUGUGCUACCCACAUUUAUGGCCUCCCAGUGUUCUAUAACCAGAGGUCACCGAAUUUCUCACUUCCAUCGGCAGAUGGAGCAAGCUUCGCAACGUUUACUCCAAAAUCAACAUUCCUGCACAGUCUCACAUGGGACACUUAUCCUAGGACGAAGCCAAUAUACGAUGCUCUUGCGGACACUGCCCUCUAUCCAUCUUGGAGCUUCGCUAGCGUGAAAGUCCGUUCGAAAUCGGAUAGGACCAGAGCUCUGUGGAUUCAAACCGAUCCAGGGGCUUAUGGCUACCAAGAAGAUGUGCACGUUUGGGUCAAAGACACAAAGGGUACGAGCUUCGACUUAGACCAGUACAUUUUCGCGCGGAGCCAAAGAGAUGACAUAGACCUGUUGCCAACAAUCUCAAUCAUGAGCUGGGUAGUCACAUGUCAGAUAAAAUGUCAAAGUUCUGGAAGCCUCAAUCGUCCUGAUUACUCUAUUUCAGGUUUUCCCGCAGGAUCUCUGCCUAUGCUGGAUUACGGAUAUGCCGAGGAUCAGCAUAGCAACACAUUGGUCGCAAUGUAUAUCGGGAGUUUUCAAUAUUUAGCAAAGAGCCGGAAUGCAACACUGCUACUGCUCGAAGAGGUCAACGACUUGACCUGGCGCCGGAUUGGUCUUUUCAAUAGUGAACACGUCGAAGUAGAUCCAAGUAUGGAUACUCAGACCUUUCUCAAUCAUUUGACGAAAGACAGGCAGUGGGAGAUGCGCACGUUAUGUCUGGUAUAA